AUGUUAAAAAGAUUUGGUGCUUCUUCAAGCUCCUUAUGGAAGCCAAAAAAUCCUCACUCCUUAGAGUACUUAAAGUACCUUCAUGGUGUUCUUGUCAAGAAUGAGAAAGUAACUGACUCGAAUAGGAAAAUUCUCGUAGAAGCUUUAAGGGCUAUUGCCGAAAUUCUCAUAUGGGGAGAUCAGAACGAUGGUUCUGUCUUCGAUUUCUUUUUGGAAAGGCAAAUGCUCUCUCAUUUUCUGGAAAUCAUGAAACAGGAGAGUGGAUCUUUGAAUGUGCAGCUGCUGCAAACUCUCAAUAUACUUUUUGAAAACAUUCGCCAUGAAACUUCUUUAUAUUUUCUGCUCAGUAAUAAUCAUGUGAAUUAUAUUAUUACGUAUAAUUUCGAUCUCUCGAAUGAGGAAAUUAUGGCAUAUUAUAUAUCUUUUUUGAAAACUCUCUCAUUCAAACUCAACCCGUGUACAAUUCAUUUCUUCUUCACCGAGUCAACUAAUGAGUUCGCAUUGUUGACGGAAACCUUAAAACUUUUUGAUUCCUCUGAAGGUAUGGUUAGGAUUGCUGUUCGCAACAUCUUCCUUAAUAUUGCGCGUGUCAACGAUCCUGCUAUGCUCACCUUUUUACAAUCGACAACUAAGUCUUAUUUGUGUCAGCUCAUCGAUACCAUCGUACGUGAUACCAUCGACUUGGACAUAUUUGUGCGUUCGGCGGAGAAUGUUGCAGUUAACCGUGACAGACUACGUGAUAAGGUUGAUGACUUGGUCGACUUACUUCAUUAUAUCUCGGAGCUGCUGGAUGUCGAUGCUCUUGCGGAAUCGCUCUCAGAUCUUCUUUCCUCAAGAUUCUUGUUCCCUCUAUUGCUCAAUAGCCUGGCUUCUCGAAGGCACAACUCGUCGAUGUUGUUGACUUCAGUCUCCAGCCUUUUCCUGUUCUCUCAAGUUCUACUUAUUAUCUCGCAUAAAGGAACGAUUAAUCGUUUUCUCAAAGCUUUCUUGUUUGACGACUGCUCAGUUCUGAACAAUCAUUGGGUUCGACAGGAAAGUACCUACACGUUACUAUGUUUAGACUCGAUUGAUCCACCAUCAGGUGUUAGAGUGUUUUUCGAGAGCUUACUAAGCUCUUUUGACAUGCCUAAAUGCGAUGACUACUUAGUAUUCUACGCUCUAAUGGUUGUUUAUUCCAUGUUUCAAAACAAAGAAUGUAAGUUCAAACGUUGUGUUCGAAUGUGUUUUAGUUCAAUAUUAGCAUGUCUUAGUUUGGGAAAUCGGCAAAUCUCUAUUUCAGGUGAUGCCGGAGAUAUCUUGACUGCUGCGCACAUCCCCUCCCUCAUAAUCAAAAGACGAAACACUGAAGGAGUUGAAUACGGAGAAGAGGCAUUGCCACCUGAAAACGAUCAAAACAACACCAUAACAUGUGAUGAAAGAAUCCUCUCAGCUCUGUUAUCGGUAAUAGAAGCUGCGGGCAAUGAUGACAUACGGUUAAGACCUGUUGUGUUGGAGUUGUCUUGUCUCGUGUUGAGACAGUUGAUUAUGGUUACUGAUGCUGAUCAAAUACAAACUAGGCUGUGCCAGGUAACAAAGAAUACAAGCUAUAGCUUGGUUGAACAGCUCGGAGCAUAUGUGAACGCGGAAAAUCUUUUCUUGGAAUGGUUCGAGGAUGAGUAUGCGGAAUUCGAGAGAAGUCGCUUAAAUUUGGAAGUUGUAUCUGCUGAGUUACUUCUUCCUCCUUGUUCCACAGCUUUAUCAGGACUACCAUUACCGAAAAGAUUACCAUCAGGCUUUGAAGAAAGAAUCAGAUCGCUCAUACAGUUAUAUUUGCAUGUUAGAAAGCUAGAAAAAGAUUUGCAUGGCGAAUCUGAUUCCGAGUUACCGAUUUCACUCUGUAAGGAUGAAGCUGUUGCUCUCGGGGACUGCAUCAAUCUAAACAAUUCCGAUCUCUUGGCUUGCGUACUUGUUAUAGAGAAAGAAAAAAGUCACAGGUUUCUGGUCACUGACCGUCUUCAGUUCAUCCUGGUUGAGCCGGAUACUAAAAAAGCAGGAUGGGCUGUUGUUCGUUUUGUCGGAUUGCUGCAGGACACUCAGAUCAACGGCGAUCCUACCGAAUCGCGGGCUCUUCAUAUCGUUAUCGAAGGACAGCCUCCAAGAAAUAGAAAAAGACAAUGUCUUUUAAACGGAAAACUCUUGUUCGAUGACCAUAUCCGAUGUAUGGCAGCAAAACAACGGUUAACUAGAGGUCGACAAACAGCUAGAGGCCUCAAGCUACAAGCGAUUUGUGAUAUGUUAGGAGUUCCACGACCUGAAAACUCUUCUCCUCGCACAAAUCCAUUUCGAAUAAUCAAAGGUUGUCCACCUGGCAGUGUGAGAAAGCAGAACUCAGCGAGUUUUCCUGGCUUACAUUCCAAUUCUCAUAGUUCAUUGAAUUCAAUCCCGGAUGAUCCUCAACCAGGCAAUAAUGGAGUUCACUUGGUGUAA